GGGGGGAAAAAACUCACCCCGCCAUCGCAUCACUGCCAGUCUAUUUGCGAGAACCGCGUCUCCUUGGCCAACCAACACAUCACACCAAACCACAUCACCACUUAAUUACGAGGCACCCAAUCCUCGAGCGUCAGCAUGAAAAUUCUAGAGGCUCAGUCCGCCACUCUGACUAAUUAUGAAGUCUACACGCAUCUACUCGACCAAGAAGAGCGCUUUGCCUCGAGAACCAAGGCCAGAGGACCGAGAGCGCCCCCAGUCGAGCAUAGACCUUCAAAUCUAAAAACAGUCACCAAAGAGGUGAGGAUUGACUGUCCAAGUCUAUCAUUUCAAUACUAACAACUACCCUCCUAGCUGCUCAACUACCUGCGCGAAGCUCCUUCUCCUCUUGGCUCCAAUCCUCUCCCAUACAAUGAAAACACAAUCAAGAAGCUCUUGGAAGGCUUGCGACCAUGGAACUUUACCAAAGGAGAGAUACUCAUGAUCCUCAACUUACGGCCUUCCAAACCAGAGAACUUAAACACAAUCAUUGAAGAGAUGGAAUCGCGUUUUCCCGGGGACGAGGAGCAGGAGCAGAUAUUAAAUGUCAUUGGUGAUGUUCUUGGGCGACCUGAUGGCAAGGCUGAGAGUAAAGCCAUGGCUGAAAAUGCAAACAAGGCUAGAUUACAGCGCGAUCGAACAGUCGCUAUUGUAGAGCAAGAUUGAGUGCCGACUGUUCUAAGGAAAAUGGAACAUCAUUGCGGGCGUUGGGGGUUUGAGCAUUUGCGGCGUUGGUGGUAGAAUGGGAAUUUGAGCAUUGUAUGGAUGGUUACACAAAAGUUAUGAACUAUCUACUCGGAAAGAUAUACCCUUUUUUUGACGUGUUACACUUUUCAGAAUAGAAUG